AUGAGGAAAUGCCCCGUGCUUAUCCUCCAGAUGAACUUGGUGCGGCAGCUCGAGAGUGACUUGGGUCAUUCCCGGCAGCACUCUGUGGGAGCGGAGACAGUCCCGGGCGCCACCUGCGCGUCGGGCGCGGGCCGGUGCGAGCGGGCAGGACCACCCGCUCGCUACGAAGCGCGUGCAGUGACCGACUGUGAGUCCUCCCGCUCGCGUCCCCGGCCAGCGCCACCGACUCGAUCCCCAGUGGCCGCCUGCACAAGGGUGGGCAAGCUCCCGCCGAGCCGCGACCCCGCCCCGCACUACCUGGCCGCCGCGCGCUCGCGGCACACAGCGCCCCGCGCGGCCUCCGUGCAGCCCCACCGCCCUCCCACCUGCGCCGCGCGCCCGCCCGCUCCGCGCUCCCGGGCCAGUCGGCGCGGCCUCGCUCGCGCCCGCGCGUUCGGCCCCAGCGCGCGCCCGCCCGCCCGCCGGCCGUUCCGCCCGCCCCCCGCGCUCUCCCCGCCCCCUCCCUCCCCCGCAGGCACGAGCGAAUGUAGCCCGCGAGAGAAAAUGGCGGCGGCGGGCCAUCGCGCCUCGUCGUCGGGAUUCCCGGGCGCCGCGGCGGCGAGCCCCGAGGCGGGCGGCAGCGGCGGAGCUCUCCAGGGAAGCGGCGCGUCCACGGCGGGCGCGGGGCUGCCGCGGGAGACGGGCAGCGUGGGCCGCGAGCGCGCGGACUGGCGGCGGCGGCAGCUGCGCAAAGUGCGGAGUGUGGAGCUGGACCAGCUGCCCGAGCCGCCGCUCUUCCUCACCGCCUCGCCGCCCUGCCCAUCCACUUCCCCGUCGCCGGAGCCCGCGGACGCAGCGGCGGUGGCGGCGGCCGGAGCGAGCGCCUUCCAGCCCGCGGCGGGACCGCCGCCCCCAGGAGCGGCGAGUCGCUGCGGCGGCGCCCACCCUGCCGAGCUGGCGGCCGCGCGGGACAGCGGCGCCCGGAGCCCCGCGGGGACCGAGCCUCCCGCUGCAGCGGCCCCCUCCGGCCGAGAGAUGGAGAAUAAAGAAACCCUCAAAGGAUUGCACAAGAUGGACGAUCGCCCAGAGGAGCGAAUGAUCAGGGAGAAACUGAAGGCCACCUGUAUGCCUGCCUGGAAGCACGAGUGGUUGGAAAGGAGAAGCAGGAGAGGCCCUGUGGUGGUAAAACCAAUCCCUAUUAAAGGAGAUGGAUCUGAAAUGAGUAACCUGGCAGCUGAACCUCAAGGAGAGGGCCAAGCGAGCUCUGCUUCAGCAGCCCCCAAAGGCCGACGCAGCCCAUCUCCUGGCAGCUCCCCAUCAGGGCGCUCAGUAAAACCAGAAUCCCCAGGAGUGAGACGGAAGCGAGUCUCCCCUGUGCCUUUUCAGAGUGGCAGAAUCACACCGCCCCGAAGAGCCCCAUCACCAGAUGGCUUCUCACCGUACAGCCCGGAAGAGACAAACCGCCGUGUGAACAAAGUGAUGAGGGCCAGGCUGUACCUCCUGCAGCAGAUAGGACCCAACUCUUUCCUGAUUGGAGGAGACAGUCCGGACAAUAAGUACCGGGUGUUCAUUGGGCCACAGAACUGCAGCUGUGGGCGUGGAACGUUUUGUAUUCACCUGUUAUUUGUUAUGCUCCGUGUGUUUCAACUGGAAUCCUCUGACCCAAUGUUAUGGAGAAAAACUUUAAAAAAUUUUGAGGUUGAGAGUUUGUUCCAGAAAUAUCACAGUAGGCGUAGCUCAAGAAUCAAAGCUCCAUCUCGUAACACUAUCCAGAAGUUUGUUUCACGCAUGUCCAAUUCUCAUACAUUGUCAUCAUCUAGCACGUCUACAUCUAGUUCAGAAAACAGCAUAAAGGACGAAGAGGAACAAAUGUGUCCCAUCUGCUUGUUGGGCAUGCUGGAUGAGGAAAGCCUGACGGUGUGUGAAGAUGGCUGCCGGAACAAACUGCACCACCACUGCAUGUCAAUCUGGGCAGAAGAAUGUAGAAGAAAUAGAGAACCUUUAAUAUGUCCCCUUUGUAGAUCUAAGUGGAGAUCCCAUGACUUCUACAGCCACGAGCUGUCGAGUCCAGUGGAUUCGCCUGCCUCCCUGCGAACUGUACCGCAGCCCGUCUCCCCACAGCAGCCUGUGGCUGGGUCACAAAGAAGGAACCAAGAAAGCAACUUUAACCUUACUCAUUAUGGAACCCAGCAGAUCCCUCCUGCUUACAAAGAGCUGGCUGAGCCGUGGAUCCAGGUGUUUGGAAUGGAACUCGUUGGCUGCUUAUUUUCUAGAAACUGGAAUGUAAGAGAGAUGGCCCUCCGGCGUCUUUCUCAUGACGUUAGUGGGGCCCUGUUGUUGGCAAACGGGGAGAGCACUGGAAAUUCUGGAGGAGCCGCCAGCGGGUCUUCCCAGACCAGCAUCUCAGGGGAUGUGGUGGAGGCGUGCUGCAGCAUCCUGUCCAUAGUCUGUGCCGACCCUGUCUACAAAGUGUACGUUGCUGCUUUAAAAACAUUGAGAGCCAUGCUGGUAUAUACACCUUGCCACAGUCUGGCAGAAAGAAUCAAACUUCAGAGACUUCUCCGGCCAGUUGUAGACACCAUCCUGGUCAAGUGUGCAGAUGCCAAUAGCCGCACGAGUCAGCUGUCCAUAUCAACACUGCUGGAGCUGUGCAAGGGCCAAGCAGGAGAGUUGGCAGUUGGGAGAGAAAUACUGAAAGCUGGAUCCAUUGGUGUUGGUGGUGUUGAUUAUGUCUUAAGUUGUAUUCUUGGAAACCAAGCUGAAUCAAACAGCUGGCAAGAACUCCUAGGCCGCCUGUGUCUUAUAGACAGAUUGCUGUUGGAAUUUCCUGCUGAAUUUUAUCCUCAUAUCUUCAGUACUGACGUCUCUCAAGCUGAGCCUGUUGAAAUCAGGUAUAAGAAGCUGCUGUCCCUCUUGACCUUCACUUUGCAGUCCAUUGAUAAUUCCCACUCAAUGGUUGGCAAACUGUCUCGAAGGAUAUAUUUGAGCUCUGCAAGAAUGGUGACUUCAGUGCCCGCUGUGUUUUCCAAGCUGGUAAUGAUGCUGACUGCUUCUGGUUCCACUCACUUCACCAGAAUGCGCCGGCGUUUGCUGGCGAUUGCAGAUGAGGUAGAGAUUGCUGAGGUCAUCCAGAUGGGUGUGGAAGACACUUUGGAUGAUCAACAGGACAGCUUCUUGCAGGCCGUGGGCCCUACCAACUAUCCAGAAAACAGUUCCCUUCAGCACACAGUCCAUUUAGAGAAAACUGGAAAAGGAUUAUGUGCUACGAGACUGAGUGUCAGUUCAGAGGACAUUUCUGACAGACUGGCUGGCAUUUCCCUAGGACUUCCUAGUUCAACUACAACGGAGCAACCAAAGCCAAUGGUUCAAACAAAAGGCAGACCCCACAGUCAGUGUUUGAACUCCUCUCCUUUGUCUCAUUCCCAGAUGUUUCCAGCAGUAUCAACCCCUUGUUCAUCUGCCCCAUCUGUUCCAGCUGGCUCUGUAACAGAUGUUUCUAAGCAUAGACCUCAGGCAUUUGUUCCCUGCAAAAUACCUUCCGCGUCUCCUCAAACACAGCGCAAGUUUUCUCUACAAUUCCAGAGGAACUGCUCUGAAAACAGAGACUCAGAUAAACUCUCUCCAGUCUUUACCCAAUCAAGACCCCCACCCUCCAGUAACAUACACAGGCCAAAGCCAUCUCGACCCGUCCCAGGUAGCACAAGCAAACUGGGGGAUGCCUCAGAAAACAGCAUGACACUUGACCUGAGCAGUGCUUCCAGAGGCGACGCCGCUGUCCCCAGCGACAAGACAGUGUUCACCCCAGUGGAGGACAAGUGCAGAUUAGAUGUCAACACCGAGCUCAACUCCAGUAUCGAGGACCUUCUUGAAGCAUCCAUGCCUUCAAGUGACACAACAGUCACUUUUAAGUCUGAAGUUGCUGUCCUCUCUCCUGAAAAGGCUGAAAAUGAUGAUACGUACAAAGAUGACGUCAAUCAUAAUCAAAAGUGCAAAGAAAAGAUGGAAGCUGAAGAAGAAGAAGCUUUAGCAAUUGCCAUGGCAAUGUCAGCAUCCCAAGAUGCCCUCCCCAUAGUUCCUCAGCUACAGGUGGAAAAUGGAGAAGAUAUCAUCAUCAUCCAGCAGGAUACCCCAGAGACUCUGCCAGGACAUACCAAAGCAAAGCAGCCUUAUAGAGAAGACACCGAAUGGCUGAAAGGGCAGCAAAUAGGCCUUGGAGCAUUUUCUUCUUGUUACCAAGCACAAGAUGUAGGGACUGGAACGUUAAUGGCUGUUAAACAGGUGACUUACGUCAGAAACACGUCUUCUGAGCAGGAAGAAGUGGUGGAAGCAUUAAGGGAAGAGAUCAGAAUGAUGAGCCACCUGAACCAUCCGAACAUCAUCAGGAUGCUGGGUGCCACAUGUGAAAAGAGCAACUACAACCUCUUCAUCGAAUGGAUGGCGGGAGGGUCUGUGGCUCAUCUCUUGAGUAAAUAUGGAGCUUUCAAGGAGUCAGUAGUCAUUAACUAUACUGAACAGUUACUCCGUGGCCUUUCGUAUCUCCACGAGAACCAGAUCAUUCACAGAGAUGUCAAAGGUGCCAAUCUGCUCAUUGACAGCACAGGGCAGAGGCUGAGAAUUGCAGAUUUUGGAGCUGCUGCCAGGUUGGCAUCAAAAGGAACCGGUGCAGGGGAGUUUCAGGGACAGUUACUGGGGACAAUUGCAUUCAUGGCACCUGAGGUACUAAGAGGUCAGCAGUAUGGUAGGAGCUGUGAUGUAUGGAGUGUUGGCUGCGCUAUUAUAGAAAUGGCUUGUGCAAAACCACCUUGGAAUGCAGAAAAACACUCCAAUCAUCUUGCUUUGAUAUUUAAGAUUGCCAGUGCGACUACUGCGCCAUCCAUCCCAUCACAUCUGUCCCCAGGUCUGCGUGAUGUGGCUCUGCGUUGUUUAGAACUUCAACCUCAGGACAGACCUCCAUCAAGAGAGCUACUGAAGCAUCCUGUCUUCCGUACGACUUGGUAGUUAAUUGUUAACUAUAGUGGAGACAGAAUGUGCAACAAGGAAAGAAUAAAAAGAACUUGUGGGCAACCACAUUGAUAAUCUACUGGCCAUCAUGCCACUGAACAGCUAGAGAUGAGGCCAGUAGCGAACCCUUACCUAAGUAUGUGAUUGACAAAUCAUGAUCUGUACCUAAGCUCAAUAUGCAAAAGUCCACAACUUGUGCAGAAACUGUAAACCGUGCCUUUCAAAGGACUGGCUCUAGGUGAACAGGAAAGCGAUGGAGUUUGCAUGACUAAAUAACAGAAGCAUAAAUUUAUUUUUGGAGCACUUUUUCAGCAAUAUUAGCAGCUGAGGGCUCAGGGUCUGUUUUCAUGUGUCACUUCUUCCAUUUCGUCAGGUGAGCACAGCAGGAGGUUCUGCAGUUCCGUUUGGGUUUUUUGUCACUGGCUAUAAAAAAAAAUCAGUGUCUGCCUCUUUUAGGUCAGAGUAUGCUAUGAGUAGCAGUAAAUACAUGUGUUUUUAAAAGUUAUUAACUUCUUUAUCACCCACAGUUGGCUUUUUUUUUUACUUGUGGUUGAUUGUGGUUCAUUGUGCAUUUUACUGUUGGCCCGUUCAUUUCGUUUUUGGAAAAUAUGGUUCUGUAUUUUCAUUUCACCUUCAUUUGUGUUUAAUAUUCAGGGAAGGGUGAUCUCUUCAAACCAGAAAAAAAAAAAAGAUAUAAGUAGGUGUGAACUAGUUUUUUAAAUCUGUGCCUAUUGCAAGAGUUGUGUUUUCUUCUCAUAGGCGAAUAAUGAAAUACUGGCUUCAUGAGUCAGCCUGCCCUCACCAGGCGGGUUAAGUAAUCCUCACUUCAGAGUCAGCACAAGGCAGGGCGAGAUUACCUGAAAGUUAGCUGAACUAUUUCAUAUUAUUUUGCUAGCCUAUAGGAAAUUCACACCAUUUAAAUCUUCCUCUUUGUAACAAUCCAUCAUUCAUGCCCACUGAUUAUAACAUAACUGCUAUUUUCCUUCUGCCAUGCAUGAUGUUUUAUACUAGACCUGGCUGAUACACUCAUUUACUUACCUAUCAAUCAGUAACAUUUUUAAACAAACAAUAAAUUUACUUUGCAUUUAGAAAAUGUUCAGAAAGAAAAAUUGAAUUUCAUUUACACACUAAUUCCUGAAAUUUGCACAACUAUUUAAUUGUCUUAACUUCGAGUUAAUUCAGAUGCAUGGAAUCUUGAAGCAAAAUGGUAGACUUUUGCAUGUCUGUCUUUUAAAUCAAGUACUGAUUAGCUAUUAAAUGUAACUUUGAAAUGUUAAAUUUUAACUCUUCAGAAGCCAGUGUGAAAUAGAAUUGGUUAUUUUCAAAGACUCAGGAUAAACUAAAUAAGCUAUAUUAUAUGUAAUACAUUUGAAAUGUACUACACAAAUUGGAAGCAAAAUAAGUUCCAAGAUAAGUUUACAGAGAUAUAUUGCAGAUCAUUUUCAAAGGCAGUUUUUAUGUGAAUGUGCUUCUUAGUGAAAUGUUACAUUCCUUUGUUUUGGAAGAUUGGCAAUAUUUGAAGAGUUAAAAAUAAUUCAGAAAUGUGAAGUUUGGUAAUGCUAAAUGUCUUGUACUUGACUUCCUUUUUUAUUUUCUUUUUAUUUUUACUUUUUUGACUACUUAGGAUUUUCACAAUUCUAAUAAGAUUGUUUCCGAGUCUCGUGUGCAAGCUUUAAAGGACGCACUCUUGCCAUUUUAUAUACUGGAAGAUCAUUGGUCAGAUUAGCACUGUAUCUGACAGAGGUGUAAACUGUCUAAACUGAGGAACCUCAGCUAAUCAGUAUUACUGUGUAGAUCAACAUGCCCACCACAUUUCAAACUCAAACUGUCUCCAGAUGUCAAGAUCACUGUGUUUGAGUUUGUUUGCAGUUCCCUCAGCUUGCUGGUAAUUGUGGUAUUUUGUUUUCGAUGCAAAUGUGAUGUAAUAUUCUUAUUUUCUUUGGAUCAAAGCUGGACUGAAAAUUGUACUGUGUAAUUAUGUUUGUGUUUUUAAUGUUAUUUGGUACUCGAGUUGUAAAUAACGUCUACUGCUGUUUAUUCCGGUUUCUACUACCUCAGGUGUCCUGUAGAUUUAAAUUUCUUCUGCCAAAGUUCGCUUUCACAAUGACAUUCUAUGUGCUGUGUGACUAUGAUUCCUAAGACUUCCAGGGCUUAAGGGCUAACUUCUAUUAGCACCUUACUGUGUAAGCAAAUGCUACAGAAAACCUCUGGGUUAAGAAAAUUUGGCUUAAAUGUAUCCUUUGUUAUUUUAAAUAUAUCGAGAUAUUUUAAUUAAAAUUUUUACCCCUUUGAACCAAUUUUAUAGUAUUUGUACCUAUUUUGGUGUUUUGUCUUUAUAGUAAAUAAAAGUUU